UAUACCAUGAAAGAAAUUGGCCCGAUAGAUUUGUGAGUUAACACUCGUGCCACCGCCCAGAAGCACACCCCCGUCACCCCCACCGGACCUGCUUCCCGAACCAAACCCCCUUUUCUCCUCCUCCUCCUCCCCUGCAAUGAUAACUUUGCUAUAUUCUUCAAGGGUGUAAAAAACUUGUAGCAAACAAAACUUCAACCAAAAUAAAUUAUUUAACAAUCAAACAAACGCUCACAGGAAGCGCACAAACACUCGGCAAAACAGACACGCCGCACAAAAACUCUACCACCAAUCACUAACAAGAGAACAAAAGAAGAGAGCAACGAUUUGAAGAAGUGAAAAUCGGAGCAUACAGUGCAAAAGACUGGAUACUGAUUGUGGUGAGUGGUAAGCUCUUUCAGGACGGUGGACGGGCUUGAUUCAUGAAUGGGCCAUCUCAGCCACUGUCCAGAACUCUGAUACACCUUCUUCCCCCCUCGGCCCCAUGCACCAUUGCACAUUAUGAAUCACUCUUAUACCGUUGCUCUACCACCAAGUCAUUAAGCACCACUAAGCAAGUGCAUGCUCACAUUCUCAGGAUUCAACUCUUACACCAUCACGACUCCACUCAUUUCCUUUCCCUCCUCACAGCUUCCUAUGCGCUCUGCUCCCAAACAUCACUUGCUCGCAAGGUGUUCGAUGAAUUGUCUUUUAGAACUUUGCUUUCUUAUAAGAGCAUGAUAAAAAUGUAUACAGAAACCGGGGCUCCCCAUGAUGCUCUCAAGUUAUUCGAUGAAAUGCUCCACUCCAGUCAGCAAAUGCCAGAUAGUAUUGACAGGGGUUGUCUUAAAUGCAUUCUUGGGGAAUUCAUUGUUGGUGAUGUAUAUGAAAUGUGGAGAUAAAGAGGGGGCAAGCAGAGUCUUUUAUGCAAUGCAGGAGCGAACUACGGUUUCUUGGAACAUUAUGAUUGGUGGGUAUUUCAGAAAUGGCAGUCCCAAGGAAUCCUUGCAGGUUUUCAGAAAAAUGACAGAAGUUGGGGUGGGUCCAGAUUGUGCAACUGUGCUUUCCCUGUUGCCUGUUUGUGGGUACCUGAAAGAUGUGAAGGUGGGAAGAGAGGUUCAUUUAUUGGCUGAAGAGAAAGGUUUUUGGGAACUAUUACCUGUUAGAAAUGCAACUAUCGAUAUGUAUGUCAAAUGCGGUUGCAUGGAAGAAGCACGUUUAGUUUUUGAUAAAAUGUUAGGUAGAGAUGUAGUUACCUGGACCACUAUGGUAAAUGGGUACAUUUUGAACAGUGAGAUAAGCUCAGCAUUGCAGGUGUGCCUAGAAAUGCAGUUCGAGGGCAUAAAGCCAAGCGCAAUAACUCUGGCCUCGUUUCUUGCUGCGUGUGCAACUUUGUGUGACACUAAACUUGGUAAAUGCAUACACGGCUGGGCAAUCAGGCAAACACUUGACUCAGAUGCUAAUGUAGAAACUGCACUUAUCGAUAUGUAUGCAAAAUGCAACAGUUUUAAGCUUAGCUUUAAUGUAUUCAUUAACACUCCGAAGAAGAGAACUGUCCCUUGGAAUGCAGUUCUCUGUGCUUGUCUUCAUAAUGACCUUUCAGUAGAGGCAAUUUUACUUUUCAAACAAAUGCUUUCAGAAGAUGUGAAACCUAACAAUGCAACACUGAAAAGCAUACUUCCCGCAUAUGCCAUCGAAGCUGAUUUGCAACAGGCUAUGAGUUUACACAGUUAUCUUCUACGCUCUGGUUUUAUUACAAGAAAAGAGGUUUCUACUGGUUUGGUUGAUAUAUACUCAAAAUGUGGAAAGCUUGAUUACGGUCAUGAUAUCUUCAAUGAGGUACCUAUGAAGGAAAGAGAUAUUGUGUUAUGGAGUGUGAUAAUAGCUGGAUAUGGAGCACAUGGACAUGGAGAUGUUGCAGUUUCUCUGUUUAAUGAGAUGGUUAAGUCUCAAGUUGAACCAAAUGAAGUCACUUUCACUUCUGUUUUCCAUGCUUGUAGCCAUGGAGGGUUAGUUGAUGAUGGAUUGAGUUUAUUCAAUUACAUGAAGAGAUAUCACCCUGAUGAUCUUAGGCCGUAUCAUUAUACUUGUAUGGUUGAUCUUUUUGGACGUGCCGGGCGGCUUGAGGAGGCUUAUGACUUGAUAAAAAACAUGCCUUUCAGACCGACUCAUGCUGUUUGGGGUGCACUACUUGGUGCCUGUGUUAUACAUGAAAAUGUUGAGCUCGGAGAGGUGGCUGCGAAGUGGCUUUUUGAGUUAGAGCCACACAACACUGGAAAUUAUGUGUUGCUGGGAAACAUGUAUUCUGCUUUGGGAAGGUGGAAAGAUGCUGAGAAUGUGAGACAUAUGAUGAAUGAAGUAGGAUUGAGAAAAAGGCCUGCUCAAAGUUCCAUAAGUUGAGGCGGCUGAUAUGCCACAUCCAUCUUAGCAACAUUACAAGUGUUGGAAGCAUUGCGUAGUAAAGGUCAACCUGGUCACAUUCCAAAGGCAUGGCAAAAGCAACAUAACAUGCAAAAGGCAUCUGUUAUUAUUUGUAGCUUUGACAUUGCCCAAUAUGGUCUUGAGCAUUUAUGUAUCUUGUUUUACAUUGAGUACUUUUUAACCAUUGUGGACGUACUGUUUGGUAUCCUUUUAUUAGCUAGUUUAUCUACGAUUACUUUUAUUCUUUGCUCUAGUUACUCUAGGGCUUAUCUACUAUGACCAAACAAAACAUAUUGGGCUUAUCUACUAUGACCAAACAAAACACUUGCAAUUGAUUUUAUGGAGGCAAUUUCUGUGACUAAUUUCUCUCUGUUCUAAUUGGUCAGUAGAAUAAUGGUACACCUUGAUAUGUUUCAAGUUUUAAUGAUGUCAAUGAUUACUACAUCAUAGAACCUCAAGAAUAGACCUUUACUUCUCACUUACUAUGAUUUAGAAAAAUGGACCACUAAGGUCUAUAGAUCAUACACAUGUUUCUCAGUCAACAAGUUGCACUUUCUGGAAUAUUUGCUAUGUGUGAGUUAUGCAUUUCGUCAAUUGGUUGACCUUACACAAGUGUAUAUUGUUGAUAUGGAAAAUAUCAUGCUCUAGGAAUGAAUAUUAUUUUUCUGGUGACUCCCAUUCUGUGGUGAUUGAGGAGGUUUUCAUCAAGAACAUUGUAUCUCAGAGUCAGAAAGUGAUCAGUUAACCCUAGAGAGUGGAUUUCAUAUUUUCAUUCAAUGUAAUGGUCAUAUCUUUCUGGUUUAUUGGUUAAUGGAUGAUUCCUUUUGGAGCACACAUGAUGGGAUUCAAUUAAGAAUCGCUUGCAUUUAGGCUAUGUUUGGCAUGCUCCCUUCAGCUCAUAAUGGGUUGGAAUUUUCGAAAUUCAGGCAAUAGUCAUAAAAUAAGCUAUGAUUGAAGUAAAAAAAAGGCUGCAGCUGUCUCUAAAAACACUGCAGCUGUCUCUAAAAACACUGCUGCAGUAUAAAAUAAGCUGGGUCACUUAGUGACCCAGCUUUUCAAUUCAGCCGAUUGGAUAAGAAAGUUGUGAUGCCUAAAUAUCACUGCAGCUGUCUCUAAAAACUCUUCCCCGCAACCCCUCCCAAUAUCCUCCUCUCCUGGUCUCUUUGAGAGGCAAAUAUGAUCAUAGCUCACAAUCCACAACUCAGCUCGCCCCUCUCUUUGAGAGACAAAUAUGAUCAUAGCUCACAAUCCACAACUCAGCUCGCCCCUUCUUUAAUCACCUGUUCUGUAAUUUUUUUUUCACCUUCUUGUCCUAGUUACUCCUUGUGGCUACUGGUGUCAGGUAUGAAUUUUAAUUUUAUACAAGAGCAAAAAUAAUGUAUGUAGAAAUUCUUUUGAUAAUUUUGUUUGAAAUUAAAGAUUAUAGAAUCAUGAUAAGUAAUAAAUGUAUUUCAUUUCGUCAAAUGUGAAUUUUAGAAGUGUAUUGCAUAUAUGUCAUUAAUAUACUACAGUCCUUAUGAGCUGCAGUUUUCUUCUUUUGGAUCACUGAUUUGUUUUGACCAAUGGUUGAUUUCUAAAAUACUAAUUACAUGAUUACAUCCAGUAUUGAAGCAAAAUAAACUUUUACCCAGUUUUUAUAUAGAGGUUGAGUACAGUAAAAGACCUUUCCAGUCUAAAAACCCCUGUAUUGCACCAACCGGUAGAGGGAAUUAACCUCAACACUCUGGCUGGCUGGCCGACUGUGGGAGCCUGAAUGAAAAACUUUUGAUUGACGCAUUGCAAAAUACAUAAAGUCGAUUCUCUACCGAGCUUCUACCCCAUGUCCGCAAAAAAAGGAACUUGAGCCUGAAGAUUCGGCGAACAUGCUGAGAGGCGAUCAAGAGGUCAAGCAGGCAAAGGAGGAGGACAAACAAGUUGCCACCUCCACCCCACCCCCCUCGUAGUAAGAGGGAGCCGCCUCUGGCCAAGGGUACACCGGGCUGUGAACUAGGAUUUUUGUUAUUUCCUUAUCGGAGGAUGGCAAAACUGAUAUAUACGAAGUAUAUGUCCAUUUUCUUUUGAGAUAUAUUUCUAACACUAUUUCUAGUCUUGAUUACUGGUUUUCUAGUAAGAAUAAGCAUGCUAAUAAAACAUGAGAGUGCGUGUGUUUGC